GCGCGAAAAUAUCAACCAGAAAAACAGGAAAUACCUGCUUCAAGUGAAUUCUUAGACGCCAAAUGAAUUGAAAGAUCUCGAACGAGUGUGCGAAAGUGUAGUCGUCAUGUAAUCGUUUCAUCAUGAUUGUGACGAUGAAGUAACUAUGACUGGACGACCAAGGUGCAGAAAGCCUAAAGGGAAGCGCGUCAACACUGGUCGGUGUAAAUCCUGUGUAAAGUUAUGGAAUGAUGAAGAAUUUAUCGAGUAUUUUCACCGAGUAUUAUUUUCAACCCAUUCUAAUCGUUGUUAAAUUGGCUCAUAUAGUCGCUGUACAACGAGGCUAUCUACAUUUGGUAGGAAAAUAUAGUUUAGUUUUCCAUAUAUUUUGGAAACAAGUGGUAAUCUCUAGCCUUUUCAGUAUAUAGUGGUAAUGUACUUGAUAGUGAUUUAUUGGGCUGUUUUCGAAACUCUGUAGUAAUGGUUUUGUGAGCGAGUAUUAAAAUCUAGAAAAUUUUCACUCGUUGCAAUUAUACUUGCCACAAAUUUUGCGAGUGACGUACCAAUACGAAACAAGAACCCCCAGAGAAAAUUAAUCUACCUAUUUAAUAAAAAGAGUAUAUUUGUAGUACGAGGUUGUGUUUAUAAUAUUUCAUCAUAUUGUGUGUUUUGAAGACCUCGGAGGGUUUAAUUUAAAAACUGCAUUUUGACACGAGGAGCUGGCUACAACAACAACAACAACGAGGAGCUGGAAAAGCCUAUAUAAAUACAAUUGUAAUAAAAGAUCAGGAAUAUUUGGGGUUUCAUAAUUAUCGCGGAAAGGCAAGUUUUAGAUAUGCUUAUAAAGAACCAGGAGUCCCUUAAAAGUUGGUUGGUGGUAGUACUGGAGCCUCUAUGUGAUGCAGACUCAUCUGCGCUAGCUCGUUACGUGUUAGCGCUGUUGAAGAAGGACAAACCCGAAAAGGAAUUAAAAAAAUUGAUGAUAGAACAAUUGGAUGUGUUCUUAGCUGAAGAGACAAAACCGUUUGUUGAACGGUUAUUCGAAGCUAUAAGCACGGAUGAUUAUUUUAGCAACGUUAUACUUCCUGCCACACAAAUAAAUGAAGAUUCUUUUACUGCAAAAGCCGGAGUUCCGGAAAACAAUGACGACACGAAGGAAGAUUUGGAUCAAGAAAUAGAAAAUCAUGCAGAUACCCAAGAUAAACUGCCGGAUACCGUUUGUGAUGAAAAGGAUCACACACCAACAAGGGAUGAUAAUAAUACCAAAGAAUUGCUAAACAACAGUAGUUUCGAAAACAAUAAAUCGGAUACGGCAGACCGCAUUGAGCCUUAUACUGCCACAGUUAAGUUAGAGACUAAUGUCGGUUCGAUAACGCAUCAUACAUACACGGGCGGUAACAGUCACCAUGUACGUAGUGCAAGUCCUCCAUUAAAGGCCAAUGCUGAUAAGGAGAAUCAACCACGUGAGAGUCGAAGACGACGCGCUUCACUUAGAUCACGUUCGCGGUCACGCUCACGAUCACGAUCUAAUGAUAGGAUAUCUCGUCGUUCCCGCUCUCGUGACCGCCGAAUAAACGAACGGGAAAAAAUGCAACGCCAAUUUCGUAAUAAAUCUCCGCCCAUGACUGAUUUAAGGCAUGUGGGUUACCAUGACAGGCGUCGGGGCGGUGGUGGAGGUGGUAGUGACCGCAGGCGAAUUGGAAAUGCUAGUAAUACGACUAACUCAGGCGAACGAUCACCUCGAUUUGUCGGCAGCGCUGGAGAAGAAGGCGGCCGUAAAAAUCGGCAAAAUCGCUCGAAUUCAAGAAGUCGAUCGCCAUCUGCAGAACGUGGAGGUAGAAGUAAAGUAUCUCCAAAUAUUUCGCGAAAUGUUCGCGGCUCUCCAGAUCGUCACAAUCACCACGCGCAUGGACAACUUGAUUCGGAAAAGAGACAAAGAUGUCGUGAUUUUGAUGAAAAGGGAUAUUGUGUUAGGGGAGAGACAUGCCCUUGGGACCAUGGGAUUAAUCCCGUGGUAUUUGAAGACAUAAAUAAUUCUGCGUUAAUAGGUAUGUCACUUCCAGAAUACAAUCCAGAUGUACCCGAUUUGUGGGUGAGAUCCACGACUGGAGCAGUGGUCGGAGUUUCUCCAAAUACGCUAAUGACAAGUGGAUCAGUUAUAGGUGGUGUUGGUGCCACUGGGAUAAAUCCCUUCACCGGUGUUGCGAGGGGGGCAGGAAUAUUACCCGUAGCAGGAGUUUCUGAUUCUGUAACCUUUCCUCAAGUUGGCUCUGGGGCGGAUAAACAAACCAACAACAGCCCUGUAGCCGCAGAAUAUACCCGCAAUUCUAACACAGGCGCAGGUUUCAGAGUAGGUACUCCCAUGCUACCUUUUCCUUUCAACACAUCGGCAGUAACAGCUCCUCUUCAACGAGAAUUAAUUCCAAUCCCUGUAGUUGAUGCAAGCAAUACCAAUUCAGGUGCUGAUAUAAGUCAAAUACAGCCAAGAAAACGACGAUUUGAAUUGGAAGAUUCAGUAGCAAUAGCCGAAAGUCCAACAAAACGUAAAAUGCCACUUAACAAUCGUCUUGGACCACGUUUACCAAGUAUUCAAAAUAACUGUUCUCUGGAACUGCGAAAGAUCCCACGCGGUCUAAAUACAAUCGCACAUCUCAAUAAUCAUUUCGCCAAAUUUGGGAAAAUUGUAAAUAUACAAAUAUCCUAUGAUGGUGAUCCAGAAGCGGCUAUUGUGACGUUUUCUGCACACGCAGAAGCAAACGUUGCAUAUCGCAGUACAGAGGCUGUGCUUAAUAACCGCUUUAUAAAAGUGUUUUGGCACAGUCAAGAAGUAGGCUCAUUAAUAAAUGACGUUGCUCCAAUGCCUGUAGGAAAUGCCCGAAAAAAUAGUCAUUAUCAUUUAAAUAAUGUACCUGCGGUACCAAUCCCUACCGCUGACUCAGCAAAAACUGCGAAUGAUAAUGUUUCAAAUCAGAGCACAGGGGCAUCGGGUAAUACAGUGACCACUUCAUCCACGAAUGAUACUUCAAACGUAACAAGCGUGACCACUCCCAUUGCAGCUGCCCAUGUUCCGCCAACAUCUUUACGCUUAAAAAAUAAUGUGCCACGCGGCCCCUCUUUGGGCGCUUCAAAUGCCAUUAUCCGUAGAAAGCAGGAAGAGCAAGCCAAAGCUGUUGUUCAACUUGCCAACGGCCUUCGUAAAAGAAAACAGGAACUUUUGCAGAGUUACGUAAAGCAAAUGAAAUCGGCGUUGGAAAUUGUGGAACGUUGUGAACAAAAUGAUCCCCAACGUACAAAAACACUUGAGACUAUCAAAGUUUUACAAGAAACCAUCGAUAAAUUACGUAAAGAGAUUGCCGCAGAACAAGAACAAAUCCACGCACAAAUGCAAAAUCAACAUCUGGCUCCACUAAAAAAGACUAAAGAGCAACAAAAAAAAGAGUUGCUUGACAUAGAACUCGAGUUGAUUGCUCAACAGCAAGAGGGCAAUGAUACAACAGCCAUACAAAAACGUCUGGAAGAGCUUCAGCGCAGUUUAGGAAUAGUUCCUGGAAGUGGUGCCGCUGGUGUUAUUCCCUCUCACACGCCUCCAACCAGUGACAAAGUGACGCAUUUUCCUCCCAGCCGAGCAAAUCCCCGAACUCGCUCCUCAUUUCCUGAAGGAUCCACGCGCGUUGAUCGCCGACCGAAAGCAAUUGUUGUUACGGGAUUUACGAGUGAAGAGGCCGAUUUUGUGCUUGGUCACUUUAAGGUAAGCCAACAAAUUAUAUAUACAUAUCGUCCCGUUUCUGCCUUAACCUCGUAUCUGCAAUAGAGGUAUUUUAGAGAGUGUAAGAAAAAAUGCUUAAUAUCUUCCCUUAGGAUACAAUUAACGCAUUUUUUACUUAAUAUUUCUGGUUCCACUAACAGUAGUGAGCACCCUCACUAACUGUAAACGUCCCUGUGAGAAAACGAUUCUAGUAG